UCCUCUGGAGCACAUUUAUUCGGCAUCAACUCCAGUUUGAGUUCAUUCCCACAACAACAGAGCGAGGCAGAGCCGGCGAAGGACAAACCCUGGGGAGGAUGGCGUUUUUCUGGAAAAGGAGGAAGGCGGCGCUGAUGGUGUUGAUGAUGGUGGAGCUGACCGCAGCACAGCAGAGAGGUCUUUUUCCCGCCAUCUUUAACUUGGCGAGCACUGCCGACAUCGUCAGCAACGCCACGUGUGGAGAUCCAGAGCCAGAAGUUUACUGCAAGCUGGUGGAGCACGUCCCCGGGCGACGCAUCAAGAACCCCCACUGCCCCAAGUGUGACGCCAACUCCAUCCUGACAAAAGAACGUCAUCCUAUCACCAAUGCCAUUGAUGGAACCAAUGAGUGGUGGCAGAGUCCCAGUAUCAAGAACGGACGACAGUUUCACUGGGUUACCAUCACACUGGACCUGAAACAGAUCUUCCAGGUGGCUUAUAUCAUCAUCAAAUCCGCCAACUCCCCUCGACCAGGGAACUGGAUCCUGGAACGUUCUGUAGAUGGCAUCAACUUUGACCCCUGGCAGUUUUACGCUCUGAGCGACUCUGAGUGUUUGUCCCGUUACAACAUGACUCCAAGACUGGGGCCCCCGACCUACAAGAGUGACACAGAAGUCAUCUGCACCUCCUACUACUCCAGACUGAACCCUCUGGAGCACGGAGAGAUCCACACUUCCCUCAUCAACGGGAGACCUGGUGCCGAUGACUUGACCUCCGACCUGCUGAACUUUGGCUCCGCUCGUUACAUCAGAUUACGACUGCAGCGUAUCAGAACACUCAACGCGGACCUGAUGACUCUGAGCAUCAACGACCCGCGGGAUGUGGAUCCCAUUGUGACCAGACGGUACUAUUACUCCAUCAAAGACAUAUCUGUGGGAGGGAUGUGCAUCUGUUAUGGACAUGCUGAAAGCUGCCCGCUGGACCCGGUGACCAAGAAGUUGCAGUGUGUUUGCGAGCACAACACAUGUGGGGAGAGCUGCAACCAGUGUUGCCCUGGUUUCCAUCAGCUGCCGUGGCAACCAGGAACCAUCUCAGAAGGAAACACCUGUGAAAAGUGCAACUGCCACAACAAAACCACCGAGUGUGUCUACAAUCAGACAGUGGCGGACCUCCGUCUCAGUCUCAACAUCCGUGGUGUUCGUCUGGGUGGUGGCGUCUGCACAGACUGUCAGCAGAACACAGCCGGGAUCAACUGCGAGACCUGCAUCGACGGAUACUACCGACCCGCACAGGUGUCUCCUUAUUCGGACUCUCCGUGCAUCCAGUGCGACUGUGAUCCGAGCGGAUCUGUCACGUCCCUUUGCAGCAAAGAUGAUUCACAACCAGGUGGCACCGCUGGCCAGUGUGUGUGUCGGCGGGGCUUUGCUGGGCGAAGGUGUGACCGCUGUGACUUCGGAUUCAGAGACUUUCCCGACUGUAUCCAGUGUGAGUGUGACCUGGCUGGCAGUAUCAACACGGACCCAUGUACUGACUGCAUCUGCAAGGAGCAUGUGAUGGGGGCUCACUGUGACCUCUGCAAGCCUGGUUUCUACAACCUGCAGCCAACAAACCCUCAGGGAUGCUCCCACUGCUUCUGCUUUGGUGUCUCUGAUGUGUGUGAGAGCUCCAGCUGGUCCAUGACUCAGGUUGUCGCCACAAACGCCUCGCUGUACCAAGCUCACUCGUCCGGGCAACACCUGAACCUCCUCCAUGACAAGCUAACAGGUCCAGUCCACCGCUUCUUUGGAUUGGAGCACCAGGAGGAACAGAAGUGGACGGCUCCCCGAGGCUUCCUGGGAAACAAGCUCACCUCCUACGGGGGUUUUUUGAGAUGGUCACUAGAGUAUGACACUCAGCCGGACCAUGUGGGCCAGGCACUUCUCGGGCGCACAGACCUGAUCAUAGAGGGCAACAGUCAGAGUGUCCUUCUGUCCCCGGCUGUGGCCGUCAGCUUAGCGCCCCUCGCAGUGCAAGCGUUUUCUGUAAAGCUGAUCCCCCAGAACUUCAUCGACCCUCAAACAGGCGUGGCCAAGAGCCGGGACGAUCUUUUGAUGCUGCUCGCCGAUGUGGCGUCUGUGGAAAUCAGAGUUCACCUGAAGCCCUCCGGCGUGGGUCAGAUACGUCUCAUGUCAGUGGCUUUGGACACAGCAGAGGCUGGACUAGGUUCGGGGCUCCCUGCGGCGGCCGUGGAGAGCUGUGAAUGUCCGUGGGGUUACAGCGGCACAUCCUGUGAAACUUGUCGUCCAGGCUUUUACAGAGUCGCCGGAGUUCUGUUUGGCGGGAAUUGUCUUCAGUGUGAAUGUCAUGAUCACGCCAGCCAGUGCGAUGUCCACGGAGUGUGUUUGGACUGCUCUCAUAACACCACCGGAGCACACUGUGACCAGUGUUUGCCUGGUUACUAUGGCGACGCCACUGACGGCUCAGCUGAGGACUGCCAGCGUUGCCCGUGUCCCUUGAGCGUGUCUUCCAACAGUUUCAGCCCCACAUGUACGUUGGGAGAGUCCGGUCACGUCAUAUGCGACCGAUGCCAAGAGGGUUACACCGGCAACAACUGUGAGAGGUGUUCCAGCGGCUACUACGGCAGUCCACUGCUGCUGGGUGGCUCAUGUGUCCGGUGUGAAUGUAACGGUAAUGUGAACGUGGACGAGGAAGGACACUGCGACAGCGUCACUGGAGAAUGCCUGCUGUGCCACGGCCACACUGCCGGCAUCCACUGUGAGGUCUGUGAGGCCGGUUACUAUGGAGACGCAGUGCACGCAAAGAACUGUACUGCGUGCGCCUGCUCUGAGGCGGGCGCUCUCUCCGGACAGUGCGACCUCAGUUCUGGUCAGUGCUUGUGUAGGGAGCAUGUCACGGGACGCACCUGCGACCGCUGCAGGGCCGGGUUCUUCGGACUGCGCAGUAGUGGCGUCUGCGUCGCCUGCGGCUGCCACCAGCUCGGCUCCCUCUCAGAGGACUGUGGUCAUGAUGGACACUGCCAGUGUAAAGAGGGAAUCGCCGGAGACAAGUGUGACCGCUGUGGCCACGGUUACCACAGCUUCCUUGCGGGCAACUGCACCGCAUGCAACUGUACGCACACCAGAGGGAACUGCCACCCUCAGACGGGAGAGUGCCUUUGCCCGGCCCACACAAUGGGAGACACCUGCGACAGGUGUCAGGAAAAUCACUGGGGUCAUGACCCAGUCGGCGGCUGCAAGCCGUGCCGAUGCAGCGGAGAAGGAAGCGUCAGCCAGCAGUGUGGCCUGACAGACGGUCAGUGCCAUUGCAAGGAAGGAUUCUCUGGCCCUCACUGCCGUCGCUGUGCCACUGGUUACUAUGGUUACCCAGCAUGCACAGCGUGUGACUGCGACAUGGCGGGAACGUUGUCGUCAUUCUGCAACUCAACACUUGGAAAGUGCGACUGCCUGGGGAGUGGAGAGUGUGUGUGCAAGGAGGGCGUGUCGGGCCGCCACUGUGAGGAGUGCGUCGCUGGCUCCUUCGGGCUCUGGGAGGAGAACCCGUCUGGCUGUUCUCAGUGUUUCUGUUCCGGAGUCAGUGAGGAGUGCGAAGAACUCGGCGGCCUCAUCAGAACAAGGAUCCGCGCGCUUCAUCCGCAUGUCUCAGCGGUCCACCAGUCCAACCUGCAGGGCGUGGGGUCCGGAGUCUACAAGCAGUGGGACUCGGUUCUGCUGGACACCCGGCAGCUGAACACCAGCGGACUCCAUGGCCCCCUCUACUGGAGACUGCCCAGCCAGUUUGAAGGCAACCAGCUGCUGUCAUAUGGUGGGCUGUUGUCUUACCACGUGGUCUUCUACGCGGAGGACGGCUCAGGACUCACCAAUCAGGAGCCUCAAGUUCUGAUCAAGGGCGGAACCUUAAGGAAGCUAGUCAUAUACACAGAUGUGGCUGCCCCCCCAAAUGGGAGGGAGACUCAACAUGACAUCAGGCUGACCGAGCACAAGUGGAAGUACUUCAACUCUGUUUCGGAGAAGCCAGUGAGCCACGACGACUAUCUGUCUGUGCUUGCUAACGUCCAGUACGUGAUGGUCAAGGCUUCGUAUGGAACGCGACUUCAGCAGAGCAGGAUUUCCAACAUUACUUGGGAGACGGCAGUCGAAGAGAAUGAGUCGGAGCUCAGCACCGGAAUCGCCCGGCUGGUGGAGUCCUGCGAGUGUCCAGCUGGUUACGCUGGCCUCUCCUGUCAGGAGUGUGCUCCCGGUUACUUCCGACAGCCACAGUCGGAGCUGCCGCCUCACAGUCAGCGGUCUUUGUUAGUCCGUCCGUGUGUUCCGUGUCGCUGUAACAACCACAGCACGAGUUGCGACCUGGAGACGGGAGUGUGUGAGCGCUGUCAGCAUCACACCAGUGGGAGGAAUUGUGAGCUGUGUGCGGCAGGUUAUUACGGUAACGUUCAAGGUGCCGCCGCUGACUGUUCACCCUGCGCCUGCCCCCUGCUGAACAACAGCUUCAGCUCCACAUGCCAGAGUGACGGCGCUCCGGGUGACUUCCGCUGCUCCGCCUGUCAGGUGGGGUAUGAGGGGCGGUAUUGUGAAAGAUGCUCGGCUGGUUACUUCGGUGACCCAUCCACGCCCAGUGGUGUGUGUAGCUUGUGUAACUGCAGUGAACCGGGUUCGGUUCACUCGCUGUGCCACGGUUUGAGCGGCAAGUGCGAGUGCAAGCUCGGCGUUACUGGUCAGCGCUGCGACUGGUGCGAUAGUCGACACGUCUCAGUGGGAGCGGACUGUGUGUCGUGUGACGAUGAUUGCACCGGGGUUCUGCUGAACGAUCUGGAAGAAGUGGAGCAGCACCGUCUGUCAGUGGACGCCAGUCCUGUUGUAUUGUUGCCAUACCAUCAGCUGAUGCUCCUGGAGAACCGGACCAGGCUCCUGCAGGUGUCAGCAGAGAAGCGCUCGGUCUCCCUGCAGCUGUCCGAGCAGGAGGCAGCAGCAGAUCAACUGGCACUUGACUUGCAGGCGCUGAUGCAGCAGGUGACACACCGAGCCGGUCAGGUGGGGAGCGCGAGCGUGUCGGUGAAUGGCAGCAUGUGGCGAGGAACUUUGCUGUGUGAGAGCAUCGAACGUUCCCGAGGCAACAUCCAACUGCUGGUGACAGAGGCGGGACUUCUGAAUCAGACCGAGGAAGGCGGCGAAGACACGGCCAAUCAGACGCUGCUGCUGGAACAAGUGCAGUCCAUGCUGGAGAUGAUGGGAGCGAUGGACCUCUCCGGCGCUGACAUCAGUGCCAAGGAUGAGCUGAGCUUCUCUGAGAGCAUCCUGCGGAGGGUCCAGCAGGAGCUGGUGUCCAGCCACCGCUCCUCGCAGGACAGGCUUCGCUCUCUCUCCACGGAGCUCAGCCUUCACAUGGAGCAACUGCAAGCCAUGAGCACAGACCUGACCAAGGCUACGUUGCAGAGCACGCGCGCACGUGCUCAGCUUGAGGCUGUGCACAGUGGCGCCCGCCAGUACCAGCCGCUCCAGCAGCAAGUCACGACUGCUGGUGACGCCGUGGAUGUUCUGCUGGACGAAAGUCACCAUCUCCUGGCUCAAACAGUCGAGUGGAAUGAGCAUCUGAUCACCAGCAGCCAGCUGCUGGAUGUAUUGACUGGUGAACUGGACCGGUUCGGACCUCUGUUGAGACAGAAAGUGCACAGGCUGAUCGUAGGUCUCAAAAUGGCCGACGCUCUGGAGAGCAUUUACCGUGCGGAGAACUUUGCCCUGCAGCUUCAAAGCCACGCCCAUGCCCUGAACAGCUCUCUGUCUCCUCUGUGGAAGCCCUCUCAGAACACCAGCCUGUUGCCGUUAGGCGUCUCUGACAUCAUCGACACUGCCCAGGCAUUGGCUCUCAGUGCUGAAACCUCCGCGGAGUCGGCUCUCCUCCGAGCCGGCCAGCUUCCCUCAGAGAGCGGUGGAGCGACGCUAGACGGAAGUGUCCAUUUCAACAAAAGCUUCGCAGACCUGCAGCUCAGAGUCUCUGUGGUCUCCAGCAAACGGAGGGCUCUGAGUGACCGCGUAUCCGGCGCCACGCUGCUCCUGAACCAGUCACUGGAGGAGCUGGCCAGCGAUUCCUCGGCUGUGGUGGGCAGGACGCAGUUCAGAGUGGCAGCGACUCACUCCAGCCUGCAAGUGGCGCUGCAGCGCAUCAGCACACUGCAGCAGCGUCUAGAGGAGUCUUCUGCCACGGUGCGGGAUACAAACGCCUCUGUCGACGAGACCAAGAUGCUGAUCAGCCACACGCACACCGCAGCCUAUCAAGUGCAGCAGAGGCUGGAAGAGGCGGAGCUUCGCACAGUGAGCCUGGUGGGACGGCUCAAGCCACUGAACAUUCUGGGAGAAACUCUGAGCAGGAACCUGUCUGACAUCCGGGAGCUGAUCGACCAGGCGCGAAGACAAGCCGCCUCGAUCAAGGUGGCUGUGCAAGUGGAUCGGAGCUGUGUGAGAACCUACAAACCUCAAGUGGAGUCCAGCAACUUCAACACUCUGACGUUAACGCUGAAGACCUCCAGCCCAGACAACUUGCUCUUCUUCCUGGGGAGCAGGACCAAGGUGGACUUCAUGGCUGUGGAGAUGCACGGUGGGAGAGUGGCUCUGGUGUGGGAUGUUGGCUCAGGUAGCCAGAGACUGGAGUUCCCUGGACUGGACAUCAGCAACAACAGAUGGACCAGAAUCAAUGCUACCAGGUUCGGAGCACUGGGAACUCUGUCAGUCCAGCAGCUGGACUCAGCAGAGUCUCCUCAGGUGGUCACAGCCACAUCUCCGGGGCCUGGCAGAGUUCUGGAUGUGGACAACAGCAGCGCGAUUCACAUUGGUGGACUGAGCUCUGAGACGCCGAGGCCAGCAGGGCUCCACGCUGCUACCUUCAAGGGCUGUCUUGGAGAAGUUCUGCUGAACGAGAAAAACCUGGGGCUUUGGAACUACAUCAGCAGAGAGGGAGAAUGUGGAGGCUGCUUCAGCAGUCCCCAGGGAGAGGAAACUGCAUUCAACUUUGACGGGUCGGGAUUCUCUGUGGUCCGGAAACCUUUGCGAGCCACCUCCACUUCCAUUGUACUGUUAUUUAAAACGCUGUCUCCAGGGGGAUUGUUGCUCUACCUUGCUUCCAACAACACUCGAGACUACUUGUCCAUGGAACUGGUGGAUGGCGCUGUGCGCCUGACCUUUGACCUGGGAUCCGGGCCCCUUGUGCUGACCUCUAACAGGAAGUACAACACGGGCGUCUGGCACAAGAUCACGUUGCAGAGGAGCAAGCGCAAAGGUUACCUGUCCAUCAUGGCAGCGGACCAAUCAUCAGAGAAAGAGGUGCUGGAGGCGGAGUCACCAGGGACGGCCUCAGAUCUGAAUCGCUCUGACCAAGAUCCCAUCUACAUCGGAGGCCUGCCGGCCUCCAGAGCCGUCAGGCGGCCAGUGGUCUCACGCUCCUAUGUUGGGUGCAUCAAGAAUGUGGAGAUAGCUCGAUCCAACUUCGACCUCCUGAAAGAUUCCUACGGCGUCAGAAAGGGCUGUGUGUUGGAGGCGGUGCGCAGCAUCUCAGUCUUCAGAGGAGGCUUUGUCCAGACGCCCGUCCGCUCUUUGAGCUCGGACAUGGAGCUCCUGUUCUCCUUCGCUUCCAAAAACCUGUCAGGAAUCCUGCUGAGCGCCUUCAGUGAAACCCGUGCUCCAACACAGCAGUUCCUGUCCGUCUCUCUGGACUCGGGCUCUCUGAAGGCGGAGCUGGGCCAAGUGGGCCAGUCUGCUCGUCACGUGGUCAGAGUGAGGAUGUUGAACGGCAGCUCGCUGGCAGACGGUCAGAAGCACUCAGCCAUCGUCCAAGUCAACAGAAAGUCUCUGGCCGUGCAUGUGGACGAGGGCCACCUCAAGUCUGUGGCGCUGCCUCCAGGACUCGCUCCUUUCUCUCCUUCCACCCUCUUCAUCGGCGGGCUGCCAGCAGGAGACACACGUCUCCCACAUGACUUGCAGAAGAUCUCAAGAACCUUCCAGGGUUGCAUCCAACACGUGGCCAUGAAUGGCCUACUGCUGGACCUUUCCGAGGCUCUCAGGUAUGAAGGUGUGGAGAUGGACAAGUGUGUUCUACAGGAGCCAGUUGGCAGCACGGUGCUUUCUGAGGACCAGCAUGUAGAACCGACUGCUGACUCUGCAGCUCUGUCUGCUGCUCCUCCCACGAGGCUGAGCUCGCUGAGCCCUGGAGCUCUGACUUGUGGACCAGAGAGAGCGCCCGCCGUCGCACGCUCAGCAGCCUUCUUCGGCUCCUCCAGACACAGUCACAUGACCUUCACCAUCAGGCCGGGCGUGGUGAGGAAAAGCGUGCUGCUGCAGAUGUCCGUCAGAACUCGGGCGGAGGACGGUCUCAUGCUGCUCCUCUCCGAUUCCAAGCACAUGGACCAGUUCCUGCUGGGUCUGAAGGCGGGAAAGCCGCUCCUGUCGGUCGACCUGGGCAGAGGCCCCACCUCCGUGACCUCACCUGUGCACGUGAACGACGGACAGUGGCACGUGGUGAGGGCUGAGCUGAGCGGCCGAUGGAUCUCUCUGUCUGCCGACGGCUCCGCUCCGGCGUCGGCGUCUGUGAAAGGAAACCAGCUGGAUGUGGAGAGCAAGCUGUACCUGGGAGGGAUCCCAGCCACUCUGGCCAGCAGGAGGAUCAAUGUCAGCAGCAGUUUUCCCGGGUGCAUUCAGUCGGUUCGUGUGAACGACGCCAGUCUGGAUUUCUCCCGGCCAGCAGCGAAACAUGAUGUCACUUCCUGUUUCACCCUGGAACAGGCAGGAAGUUACUUCAAUGGCAGUGGAUUUGCUGCCCUCAUGAGAGACGGUUUCAAGGUCGGUUCCGACCUGACCAUGUCUCUGGACGUCAGAACCAGCAAAGCGGAGGGGGUGUUGGUGGGAAUCAGCAGUGCAAAAGUGGACGCCAUUGGACUGGAGAUGAUCAGCGGCCAGGCGGUGUUCAAUGUAAACAACGGUGCUGGGCGGGUUUCUGUGCGCAGCGCUGGGCCGCUGCUCUGCGACGGCCAGUGGCACCGCCUGCUGGCGAGAAAGACCAAGCACAUGUUGACACUCACAGUGGAUGGACUGAGUUACACCGUCCCAAACCCACACCCGCAGUCCACCUCAGCUGAGACCAACAACCCGGUCUAUCUGGGCGGAUUCCCCGAUGACGUCAAGCAGAACUGCCUGUCAACACGGACCAGGUUCCGGGGUUGUCUCAAGAACGUCCAGCUCAUCAAACCUCACCUGAGCGCAGCUCUGGACCCGAGCUCCGCCCACCAUCACCUGGGAGUGGUUCCUAACUCAUGUCCCGCUGCCUGAUCGCGACCAGAAAAGGCUGUCUCCAGUGUUCCAGCACAAUAAAAAUACUUAUUCAGCAGGAAAUCAUUUGACCAUGUUUUAUUUCAAAUGAUU